AUGACCGUGACGCAAAUCACUUUGACAAGCAUACUCGUUCCUACGAUAUUCGAAUUAUACAUAUCAUUACAAGAGAAGAAUAUAAACGUGGUGAUCGAAUGUAUGGCACAUCUAGCCGGAGUAAUUAUUGCCAUGGCAAAAAUAUUUAAUAUCCAUAACAAUCGAGAAAAUUUUAAAAAGUUGUUUGAUCUUGUCGCAAAAAAGUGGGAAGAAUUAGAGCUGACUAACGAAUUAUAUAUAUUGGAAAAAAUGACUGCUCGAGGAAGUAUGUUGGCGCAUCUGUAUAGAUCCCUAAACUUCUUAUUUGCAGUAAUUUUUCUAACAAUUCCAUUAGUAUUUCCUAUUUUGGACAUCGUUCUUCCACUGAACGAAACUCGAGUACGUCUGCAAAUAUUUAAAAUAAAUUACUUAAUCAUCAACAAUGAUGACUACUUUUAUGUAGAGUAUUUACAUCUAACUUUGGCAACAUGUAUUUUCUCAUUGAGUAUACUUGGCACUGAUUCAUUGUACAUCAUUAUCAUUCAUCAUAGUAGCAGUUUAUUUGCCUUAACUGGAUAUCAAAUCAAGAAAGCACUGGAUUCAAGCUCCAUUGAGCAUGACCCUUUUUCGGAUAAAAAUGUGUACGAUCAGGUUAAACGAUCUGCAAUUACAUACAAUGAAGCCCUUCAAUUUUUCGAUAUUCUAAGAGAAACCAGUGAAAAUUUAUACUUUAUCCAAAUUAGCCUAAUUGUCGUGGGUAUUAGCGUAACAGCUUAUCAAACAGUUAUAAACUUGAGUCAUCCGGAGAAUGUAAUUAGAAGUGCUUUAUUUUUCAUGAGUGAUCAAAUUAUUUUAUUUGUUACCAGUGCUUGUGGCCAGUUGCUUCAAAACCACUCUUCAGAACUAGAAAAUCAGAUUUUAAGCCCAAGACAUUUAGCAUUUCAGAAAAACGGAGGACAAGAUUACGAUAUAUAUAACAUUCCCUACUAUAGAAUGCUUAAAACAUAUUUGCAAUUUUUGGGACAAGAUCCACAUCAGAAAUCUGGGUUGAGAAAUAUUAUUGUAGUUGUAGUUGUGAUCAGUAUGGCGGGAGUACUUAUUCCAACGACAUUAGAACUAUAUGCAUCAUUAUGUCGCAAGGAUAUGGAUGCAAUAAUAGAGUGUAUGCCACAUUUUAUUGCGUCUGCUAUCAGUACCGUUAAGAUAUUGAAUCUCCAUUUCCACAGAGAAAGCUUUAAUAACAUAUUUCAAUUCAUGGCAAAAGAAUGGGAGCAGUUAAAAGAGAAAAAUGAAUUGCACGUUUUAGAAGCGACCGUGAUAGAAGGCAACAAAAUGGCGCAUCUAUACCGAAAAACUUUACUGUCAUUUAUGGUACUAUUCUUGCUCGUUCCACUAAUUUCUCCAACUAUGGAUAUCAUUCUUCCACUGAAUGAAACUCGACCGCGUCAACAAUUACUAAGAGUUAACUACAUUUUCUUUAACGAUGAAUACCACUUCUUUUUCGUAUAUUUGCAAUUAGCUUGGGGAUCGAUCAUUGUUGUGUUGACCGUGGUUGCCGCAGAUUCGUUAUUAAUCCUUAUAAUUCACCAUAACAGUGGAUUGUUUGCGGUCUGUGGGUAUCAGGUACAAAAAGCAACAAAAGAUUUGAACAUAUUCGAUAGUUCAGCUACCUCAGAGAGUUACAUGUAUGAUCAGUUCAAACAUUGCGUGAUUAUGCACAAUGAAGCCAUCCAGUUUUACGAUAUCCUAAAUGAAUGCAGUCGAAUUAGUUAUUUGAUUCAAGUUGGGUUGACUAUGAUCGGCACAAGCGUGACAGCCGUUCAAACUGUCACAAAUUUAGAUAGACCGGAAGAAGCUCUUAGAAGUGCCGUUUUCUGUGGGGCCAAUCAAUUCCAUUUAUUCGUUCUCAGUCUACCUGGACAGGUACUUUUGGAUCAUUGCACUCAGCUGUCAGAUACUAUAUAUACUUCCAGAUGGUAUAGGAUGUCAGUGCGAGUACAAAAAAUGAUUUACGUGAUACAAAUAAGGAGUAAAAAGCCAUGUACAUUGACUGCAGGUGGAUUGUACGAAAUGAAUAUGGAAAAUUUCGGAAUAACAUUCAAAACAUGCAUGUCAUACUUCACCAUGCUACUGUCGCUAAAAUAA